AUGCGGAUAUCGGCGUACCUUGCCACCUGGCUUACUUUAGGCGCGUGCGCCUUGGGAUCAAGCCAGAGCGACCUUCCAUGGCCUGCGAUCCCGAAGCCUCAGCAGUCGAAGAGCGCUCCAGAGCCUGUUAAUGUGUAUCCUGUUGCGGUAAAAUUUGGAAUAAGCAGUGAUGCCGCUGAUAAUACGAACGCUUUGUCGCUGACAUUCUCCAAGAUCGGAGAUACUUUUACUCUUGACUAUGGCAUUGCGGUGGCCGGACAGCCACUCUUCCAUGUUGAAACCGCCGAAGGAAAUCCUCAGAUUGAGGUGAAAUACAGUGAAGCGUUUCCAGGUCUUUUGAACCCGCAAUCUGACGGACCAUUCGCUUUUGCAAAUGCUCUUGCCGCGACUUUCCGAGUCGAGACGUAUGAGAUCAAAGAGGCCGGUGACCUCACUGGGUACUUUAUCCAGGGAUCGCAGCGAUGGCAGUCAAUCAAGAUGAUCAGUGGCAAGAAGCUCGUCAUCAAACAGGCUGGUUUUGUCUCUUCUGUAGAUCAGAGUCCGCUGGAUACGUUCCCUGGCUACUUUGCUUCUAGCAACUCUACGUACACCGAUAUCUGGGCCCUUGGACCUCGGACUCAACAAAUGAGCUGCUACACGCCGGGAUCUCAGCAUUCGACAUGGGACAUCACAUCCAAGGGCGCCUACAUUCGGGGUCAAAAGCCGGCUAGUUCUACUCGUGCGAUCAAUUUGAAGAAUUACACUCUUUCGUUUGAGACCAUGAUCGAUCGCGGCGGUACAGGCUGGCGUCUUGAUACUGAGAUUGAUGCUAUUCAAGCGACGGGCCCAAUUUUCAUACUCACUAGCGAAUAUCCCGCUGGUUCCUUUGCUAACAUUGACCGCACACUUGUUCCUCCAAACACCUUGGUGCUCGGUCGUGGCUGGUCUCUGCAAAAUCAAACCUCUCUGCCUGGAUUCGUUCUGGACAAAUUCCCUCUGAAGAUGAACGUGACCGAGAAAGAAUGGCACACUAUCCUCACCGAGUCUCCUGGUGAUGGUACCUAUACAGUGUACUUGAAUGAUCAACAAAUCGCCCACUUCAACAUCGGCUCGUACGGACUCGGCGAUCCCAACCCCUAUAAGCCCGGUGGCGUGUACAAGGGCUUUGCUUUUGGCCCUUGGCAAGAUCAAGCGGCCUGGGUGCGAAAUGUGAAUGUGACUUUGAAGACUGGGGUCAAUGUCUACAGCAAUCCCAUGACCUCGCCCGACGUUCUUGUCGAGUACGGUGUACAUGCAAACGACCAGUAUACGUGCUCUGAUGCAGGCAAGCGAGAUCGCUACUCGUGGCUGGGUGACCGCAUCGUCUCCUCCCAAGUGGUCAUGGUGGGCACGAGCCAGGGUGAAUUCGUCUGGGGUCCCGCCAAUGAAGCCUUUUCGAGACAAAUUGCCUCGGGCGAAGUGCCGUGUAACACUCUCUUCAGCCCUCUAGAUGCAGAGGGUAGUGUGAUUCGAACCACGAACGUGGAUCCAUUGCUUGUGGACUACAACUUCGACUUCAUGCAGAUCAUCUAUGACUACUGGCUUCGAUCUGGAAAUGAUACCUUCUUGGAGCGCGUCUGGCCUCGUAUGGUCAUGUCCACCAGCUGGGCCAUGUCUCGAGCAUUGGACGAGGAAACACAGCUGUACGGUGCACCACAGGGCAAACGGGGCAUUCCAAUAUCUGGCGAAAAGGGCCAAGCACUCGGUCCAGCUGAGACAGUCUCCAUGAUUCUCGCGCUGGAAAGAAUGGCUGAGAUGGCAAACCAUCUCGGUGACCAUGCUGCGGCCGAUUUCUACAAGGUGCAGGCGAAGCUUUCCCGAACAGCCAUCGAUACCUUGCUGUGGAACGCAACGGCCGGGUAUUAUGCCUCAACUAUUGGCGCUACGGGCUACGACAUGAUUGAUAUUGCGCAGGUUCUCCUCGCUAAUAUCGGCAGUAAGCAACGCCAGGCGCAGUUCACAGACAAGCUGUCGACUUUGCGAGUCCCAGCCGGUUACAUCAAUGGUACACGAUACAUGGACACUCCCGGCAUUGUCAACCCCUACUAUGAAAGCUUCUUGCUCCAGGGACUUGCCGUGACGAAGCGUACACAGCUGGCUCAAGACCUCUUGGAUGCAACGUGGGGACCCAUGGUCGAAUGUGACCGAAAUUAUACUGGAGGAUACUGGGAGUACAUUAGCACCGAUGGAAGGUACCCAGGUCUUGACCUGUUCACAGGACAAACCCAUUUCUGGGGAAGUUAUCCCACCGUCUUCCUCAGCGAGUACACGCUUGGUGUCAGACCUACGCGGCCAGGUUAUGAGCAGUUCAUCUUUGCACCUCUGCCGGGCUUCAAGACAGAAUGGGUUCACGGCCGUGUGCCCACGCCUGCAGGAUUGAUAUACGCCGCUUGGGGAUAUAACCGACAAGGCAAGAUUGUCAUGGAAAUCACGGCGCCCAAGAACCUCCACGGAACCAUCGUGCCCCCAUUUGCCGGGCAGUACACGGUAGGCAAGGAACGAGGACGCUCGGGCAACUACACGUUCACGGGCGGUGAAAAGUUGAUAUUGCGGGAGGAUUAG